CCCAUACCCAUUCAAGCUUUAUCAACAAGACGAAAACCGGAACCAACACUCCAGGCUCUGCUCCUCGUUGUCAACCUUCCAUGCUCAAACAUGGUAGUCCGAACGGUGAAUUCAAUUUCACUUCUCAUGUCCUCCUCUUCGCCAUCGCCCCUGCCAUUGGUAGCGUUCCGAUACCACCAAAUUCGAGCUUUUCAGUAUAUGCAAUUCUCUCGUUUUUCAAUUUGUAAGCCGAUAGUGUUCGGGUGUCAUAACAUAAAAGGCGGUCGCAGUAGAAGCUAUUCCGCCCAAAGUUUCGUAGAUACCGUGCUUGAAGAGUUUGAAGCCUUACGCUGGCGGAGGACAGUUCGUGCCAGUAACAAAUCAGUAUUAACAAGCAGUAAAGAGCUUGUUGAUGAUAAAUUGCGGAAGCAAGUACUGCAGAAAGGACUGCUGCUAGAGUUUAAGAAAGAUUCUGAAAGGAUAUUGCUUGCAGUAACUCAGAAACCUGAUGGAAGGAAGAACUGGAUAGUCUCUGAUCAGAAUGGUGUUACAACUUCCAUUAAACCACAGCAGAUCACUUAUAUAGUUCCAGGUGUUGAUAAUUUCAACACCACAGAGAUAUCAGACUUUAAUCAGAGAGCUCAGAAUAACUUGGAUCCUGCACUCCUUGAAUUUGCAUGGAUUGAGCUUCUUGAAACAAACAAGUCGGUAACAGUUGAAGAAUUGGCUGAGAUGAUUUUUGGCAGUGCUGCACCUGUUGAGAGCUAUUGUGCACAUCUGUUGCUAUCAAGAGAUGAAAUUUAUUUCACUGUGCUUGACAGUAGAGGUCCUUCUUCUGUUUAUGGUCCUCGGACAACUGCUCAGGUAGAAGAAAUUAGGCGUAGAUUGGUUGCCAAGGAGGCAGCCGAUAAGGAAUUUGUUGAGUUUCUAGAGUUACUAAAAUCUGCAAAAGCGAUGCCUCCACGUGGCAAACCGUCUAAAUGUUCUUGGAAAGUUGAUGAGAGAAUUUGGCACAGGAUCGAGUCUCUUGAGGCUUUUGCUAUAGAUGCUUGUAAAGAUGAUGGCCAAAGGAAUAUUGCGGGAACGAUCCUGAAGGCAAUGGGGUUAGCAAAGACAGCUGCUGCAGCAGUAAAUCUCCUCAUAGAUAUUGGAUAUUUCCCAGUACAUGUUAAUCUUGAUCUCCUGAAAUUCAGCAUACGUACUGAUUUUCCAGAUAAGAUAUUGUCAGCUGCUGAAAAGCUUCUUCUAGAAUCACCUGAUCCAGACAAGGACGAUAGGAUAGAUCUGACACAUCUGAAAGUAUACGCAAUAGAUGUGGAUGAAGCAGAUGAGCUUGAUGAUGCACUGAGUGCAACAAAGUUACAAGAUGGGCGUAUCAAAGUCUGGAUACAUGUUGCUGAUGCAUCUAGCUUUGUUCAGCCAGGAAGCAUGAUCGACAGAGAAGCAUUACAAAGAGGAACGUCAGUUUUUUUACCAACUGCCACCUAUCCAAUGUUCCCUGAGAAACUUGCCAUGGAAGGAAUGAGCUUGAAACAAGGAACAAAUUGCAGGGCUGUUUCUGUAUCAGUUGUUUUGCAUUCUGAUGGCAGCAUUGCAGAGUACACAGUAAAUAAUUCAAUUAUUAGACCAACUUAUAUGUUAACAUACGAGAGUGCAUCCGAGCUUCUUCAUUUAAAUCUUGAAGAAGAGUUGGAACUCAGGACUCUUUCUGAAGCCGCAAGUCUACGUCUUCAAUGGCGACGAGGACAGGGUGCAAUCGAGACGGGGUCAUUGGAACCUAGAAUAAAAGUGGAAAAUCCAGAUGAUCCAGAACCAUCGAUUCGAUUAUAUGUGGAAGACCAAACGGACCCCGCAAUGAGACUUGUUUCUGAGAUGAUGAUACUUUGUGGGGAAGCUUUAGCCAGAUUUGGUUCCUGUAACAAGAUCCCUUUACCCUACAGGGGCCAGCCCCAAUCAAAUAUCGACAUGUCAGCAUUUGAUCAUCUUCCGGAAGGCCCGGUCCGAAACUCUGCUAUCAUCAAAAUCAUGCGUGCUGCUGAAAUGGAUUACAGAAAGGCCAUACGCCAUGGGAUUUUAGGGAUCCCUGGUUAUGUCCAGUUUACGUCUCCCAUUCGUAGAUAUAUGGACCUUCUUGCUCAUUAUCAGGUGAAGGCGUUUCUGAGAGGUGAUGGUAUUCCGUUUACAGCUGGACAACUGGAAGGGAUGGCUGCAUCGGUGAACAUGAAUGCUAGAAUAGCAAAGAAGUUGUUUGGUAGCAGCUUACGUUAUUGGAUUCUACAAUAUUUGAGACAGCAACCCAAACAAAGAAAGUAUCGCGCCUUGAUCCUUAAAUUUGUCAAAGAUCGGAAUGCAAUUUUACUGCUUUUGGAGGUUGGGUUUCAGGCAUCUACAUGGGUGUCAAUAGGGUCACAUGUUGGGGAUGAGGUGCAGGUUAGGGUUGAAGAAGCUCAUCCACGUGAUGACAUCAUCGUUUUUGACUCCACACGGAAACAGUUUAUAAUAGAAAUCUCAGGUCAAAUGGCCAAAGUAAAGCCCAGGAGUUGGAUUGUUUCCUAUUGGGGUUACAUUAUAAUUGAUCGAACAUGUUGGAGUUCGAUAAGGUCACGACAUCCGAUUUCUCUGUUAUUUAUUGAGUACCAUGUCACUUGUAUGAAAGACCAUGGGAGGACCAUGCCAAGAAGACCAUGUGAGGACCAUGACAACCGUACGUAA